AAAAAAGGGUUAGAAAAGGAAAGAGAAAGGGAAGGAAAAUCGGAGGAAAAAGAAAAUGUCUGAAAGAGAAGACUCUCCUUCUCCUUCUCCUUCUCCUUCUCAUCUUCAUCAUCUUCAUCAUCAUCUUCAUCAUCUCCCUCCUCCUUCUCCUCGUGAAUCUCUCUGUUUCUUCUUCAAAAUCCUUUUCCAUUCCCUUCAAAUCUUCUCCAGAAACAAACGCCAUUUCCUCUCCAUCUUCCUCCUCCUCUCCCUACCUCUCUCUCUCCUCCUCUUCACCCUCUCUCUCUCCUCUCACCCUCUCAAAUCCCAUAUCCUCCACCUCGAAUCCGUCCUCCGCCAUUCCCCCACCCGUUUCGAAUUCCGCCAUGUCUUCUCCGAGUCCCGUAACGACGCUUUCUCCCUCCUCCGUCUUCGUGCCGCCUUCUUCCUCCCCAUCUACGCCUUUUCCCUCUUCCUCGCUGUCUCCACCGUCUCCUCAACUCUUCUCUCCUUCCAUUCCAAACGCCCUUCUCUCAAAUCCUCUCUCUCCGGCUUCAAAACCUCCUGGACUCGUCCUCUUGUUACCACCAUUUGCAUCUACGCCAUUCUCGUAGCCUACUCUAUUGUCCCUAACACCCUCGCUUCCAUUUCCCCAUCUCCAGCUUUCAGCGGGGUUGAUGGCGGAUCGGAGAUUGAGUGGUUCGAUUCUUACGGCGAUGUUUCUUGUUGGGUCGAGUUUGAUCUCGUCGGAGAUGGAGGGGCUUAUGGAUGGGGUUGAUCAUUGGAUGAGGUCAACGGCAGCGGUGACGACGAAUGUGGCGGUGAGCGUUGGGGACAAGAUCGGGUUAAUUUCUUUGUACGGUAUGGUAAUUAUUUUCGGAUACGUGGUAACAACGGUUUUUUACUGUGAGUGUAGAAAGAGGGAUUUUGUUAGGGUGGAAAAUGAAGAGGAUCAUGAUCAUAUUGUCAUGGUUUAAUUCUUUCUCUUCUUCUUCUAUAUUGGUUUUCAUUUAUGAUUUAGUUUGAAUAGAAUUGGCUUUGGUGAUUUUUUGUUUUAUCAAUUUUGUAGUUAUUUGUUCAAUCUAUAUGAUCAUUCUCAGUUGAAAUUAUUAAUGAGUUCAUCCAAAUUUCUUGA